AUGAAUCAACCACAAAUUGUAGUAACAGUAGUAUUGGUAGUACUGGUGGUAGCGUCAACGUCGACGGCCACCUAUGUUUAUAGCAACUGCUACGGCGAUUACUGCUUCUAUACUGAUAACCAGCAGUGGAAUGAGGCCAUGUCGUUUGAAGCCUUCCAGACGAAAUGCGAUAACAUGAAGCCGGACAGCUGGCCAUUAGAAAUAUACAACGAAGAAAUGUCAAUCAACCUUAGAGCGUUUAUCAAUGGAAACAGUUAUGUGAAUCAAGAUAAGAGAUAUGACGUCAUCCUAAAUUUGAAAAGAAGAAGCACCAACUGGGUUUGGCUAGAUGGAAAACCGUAUCAAAAUGUAUCAAAAAACCCGCCACCCCAGUGCUCAACAAGUAGUAGCAGCACGAAUUUCCGAAUUGUGGAUGAAGUUUGCUACGAGACGGUAGUCAACAAAGACAAACAAACGUCAUCAUGGUUCCAGGCCCAAAACAGCUGCGUAGAAAAGGGCGGAACCCUGGCUACGUUGCCAAAAAACAUUCCGGCAGACUUCAACAAAACUCUGGCGGCUAUCACGAGGGAUCAGCAGAGUUACUGGAUUGGACUGGUGCGCGAUUAUUGGAGUUGGAUUGCCAGGCCAGCGCUGAUACAAGAGUACACAAACUGGUACAAUGGAUACCCUCUACCUGGGAACCUGGACGUAGACCCAAGCAAGGUUUUCACAUUCCUGGAUCACUACAACGGUGAUAUAUGGAAAGAUUUUGUUGACGCAAAGGAUAUCUCCCUCCACGUUAUCUGCAUGACGUUUUUAGCAUCUGACCUAUCUACUCCUACUUCGACAACGAACGGUGGUCCUAACAACAACAACAACAACAAUAAUAAUAAUACAAAUGAUAAAGGGGUGGGCAUUUUAUGCGGCCCGCGAGGCCUUGUUUGCCAUAAAAAAAGGCCGUCAGCUAGACAUUCAGACAAAAUGGUGGUCCCAAGUUUUGAAAAAUUUUCCCCCGAGUCUAAAAAAUUUGCUAUCUAA